AGGCUGCCUCUCAUUGGCUCAGAGGACAGCCAAUCAGCUGCCAGCCCACUGUGCUGGGGGAAGGCCAUUCAAAUGGUGUGGCUGAGUGUUCAUGAGGGCCAGCUUCGCUUGGAGACCCUUUACUUGUCACACGCAGCCAGCUAGUCACAACAGUGAGGACCUUCAAAGGCAGCCAGCGGUGAGAAGUGUGAGUGACAGGAAGAGGACAGACGCAGGGACAAUGAGAGGAGCUGAGGGUGUGAUACCACAGAGGACAGGGCAGUAGAUGGAGACACAGUUUGGAGGCAGAGUAAAGAGAAAGUGACCAACAGUGCAGUCAGUGAGAGAUCCAGUUUAUCAAAUCUACAGAGGUGAGGGCAGACAGAAACAGACAUCUAUUUUUCUCGUCUUCAGAGCAUGGUGACAGAGUGCACAUGGAUUUAGUCGACCUCUACCUCCCAGAGUGUUUCACCUACCACUCUGACACAGAUCAUCUGGGCAGGAUGUCAGUGAGGGGCUUGGACCCCACCUGUCCCUCCACAAUAAAGCGUGAGCCCUCCAGCCCCAGCCCCAGCUCUCAGGGCGACGUCAGCCCGGCCCAGCCCAGUCCCGGGAGCUCUUCCUCGGACACAAACUCCAGCUACGGGCCCUUGAUCAAAGGCAUUCACAACCACAGCAAUGGGCUGGACUCGCCAAGCCUCUAUGGUCACACAGCGCCGUUGGCCAACAAUGGAGGAGCAAAUAGGAGGUUUGUGGAGGAAGAAAGCCAAGUGAAGUGUGAAUUCAUGCUGGGCUCGGUGGCCAAGCGUGUGUGUCUGGUGUGCGGUGACGUUGCCUCGGGCUACCACUACGGCGUGGCCUCCUGUGAAGCCUGCAAGGCCUUCUUCAAGAGGACCAUCCAGGGUAAGAGAGCGAGAGAGAGAGGUAACAUCGACUACAGCUGCCCAGCGUCCAAUGAAUGUGAAAUCACCAAGAGAAGGAGGAAAUCCUGCCAGGCCUGUCGAUUCGUGAAAUGUCUGUCUGUGGGCAUGUUGAGAGAAGGUGUGCGUCUGGACCGGGUUCGAGGCGGCAGACAGAAGUACAAGAGGAGAAUAGAUGCUGAGAACAGCCCGUAUCUGCACCCACAGAAUGCCUUGCCUCAGAAAAAAACAUUCAUUGUUGGCGGCGUGGUAGAAAACAAGGUGGUGUCUCUGCUGCUGGUGGCCGAGCCAGAGGGCAUCUUCGCCAUGCCGGACCCCACUGUACCUGAGAGCGACAUCAAGGCUCUGACCACGCUGUGUGACCUGGCCGACAGAGAGCUGGUGGUCAACAUCGGCUGGGCCAAACACAUCCCAGUUAGAAAAGGAAGAAGAGCAUCACCACCUCCUCCUCCUCCUCCUCCUCACCCUCUUCACCCCCCUCCUCACCCCCCCAGGCUGUUGCUGUCUGCCUCUUUUCUCCCCGUUGACGGCUCUUUACUGUCAACGCACGAGACAGACGGAGUCCGACUGAUGGGUGUAUUUGUAGCCCUUUGCCAGUGGAGGAUUUGGCUGGAAGAGCGCCCGUACACACAGCAGAUACCCACCUGAGGGCAGAGAGAGACAGGGAGCCGAGUAUUCAUGCAACUGUCAAGCUAAUUUGACUUAAAGUUAUGAAAUGUCAUGAAAAACUAAAUAAAAUACAACAAAAAGGUGCACUUCUACUAUAGGCAAGCUGUGGCUUCUUAUGACAGAAUAAUUCACAUCCAUUUAAAAAAGAGGAGAGGAUGUUUAAAGACCUCACCAGUAUAGCAGGCAGGUUGUUACUGUUCAUUAGUGUCAGGUAAUUACUGAGAGUUAGAUGAGAACAUCAAUACCUCUCAUGCCUGUACAAUAAAUGUGAAGCUGGAGCUCUAUUUGUCAUCAUUAGAAAACAUUACGUUUGUCAGACUAAAUUUAAUAUUAUUUUGUGCUUAGAUAACAUCUGAUGGGCAUUUUCUUUACUUUUAAGAUUAUAUAGAUUAAAUCAAAUUUAAAAAAUCAAAUAAUAUUGAACUUAAUUAAUCAAAGAAGGAUUUAAUUUGGUUAGAGGUGCAAACAAAUACACAGUUCCAGUACAAAAAUACACAUAAUAAAACAUAGAGACAGUCCAUAAAAUUAACUUCUGGUUCAUUUUUUUUUAUUAAAAUAUAAUAGCAUUUAUCUGUACUGAGAAUAAACUGUAAAUUUGAGCCUUACAAAUAAAUUAAUCAUUAAAAUAAAUUAAUGGGAUUUUUUUUUUGGGCAAACAAAACAACACUUUUCCUGAAAAUAUUGUUCUUCUAGUGGCUGGGAAUUUUUCCUUUUUUUCAAUUUAAUAGAAAAAGACACAGAGAAAGACAGAGGAAGAGAAGCAGAGAAAGAAAAUGUCAGAUAAAGAGGAAAAAGGAUGAAGAAAAAAGAUAGAAAUAGAGUGACUUGAGAUGAGAUGACAGAGAUCACGAGACAGAAAGACAAAAUGAAAGGAAGGGACAUCAUUCAAGGAACAGGUUGAGGAGGUAAAAGACACCACGACAGCUCAGCUGACGGGAGACAAAGAAAGAAAGGUAGAUAGAUAGAAUAGACACACAUACAGAGAAUGGAUAUUAAAAAAAAAAGACUGCCCCCUCCUAGCAGCGUAAUGGCCAUGUCACAUCAGCUCUGGAUGAGUGGCAGGCCACACGGCCCCCAUCGCUGGGAGAACCAGGGUCCUGGGCAAAGUGGCCUGGGCCAUCUGAGUUCUUUGCCCAGGGGGAGGUGAGUGUGAUGGGGCAACUGUCCUGGCUGCUCCCCCUCUUCUCUGUCCGCUCUUAUCAGGCAGAUUGACGGUGAUGUGGUCUGAAGUCUGAGGGCCAGACUGGCAGAUGAGCUGGCUAAAGACCAACUGCCCUCUUUGCUUUUGGCCUUUUUGAGUCUGCGCUGCGAGUUGGCCGUCAAAAUGUGUGUGUUAAAGACGACUGUGGUGUGACUUGCUGUGUGUUGCUGUUGAUAUGAUACAACUGAGAAUUCUCCCCCAAAUGUCAGCACUCCCUAUCGCCCUCAGUGCCCUUUGCUUUGUCCCUUUAAAACAUGCUCUUUUCUCUUUAUUGAAGGUUCAUUUGUCCUUAAAAUAUAUCAAUAUAUUGCUUAAUCACACAGGCCCAAACACACUCACACAGGUCUCUGUCCCUGAUCGAUGGUCCAGUGCCAGAAUACUGAUCCCUAUCGACCAAUGAAAUUGUGCACAGACAGCGUUUCCAAUCAAUCAGGGAGCGAUAGUGGGGAAACGGGCGCCACUCGUGUCCCUGCGGUGAUUGUAAAGAGCAGUGGAUCCUGAUAACAAUCACCGAUGGUGUCAAAAACACAAACGCCUCCCCCCGCUCUGUAAAAUCAUCUGUUUAAUUACAGUAAACGUGUGUGUGAGCGUGUGUAUGCGGGGUUUAUGCGGAGGACGUGAGCAGGUUUAAUCAUGCUCCUGUGGGGUGUAAUUGUCAAUCAGAGUGGGUGUGUCCCACAGAGUGUAAUUAAAUUCACCCCCUAUUCACUCCCUCUGUCCUUUGUUAUGCCCUUUGCAAUGUGGUCUUCUUAGGAGGGAAACUGUAUCAUCGAUGACAUUAUUAUGCUGAAUACAGAUUAUUAUUAAUGCUGGAAACAGAGGGAAAUGACUCGUUUAAAUAGAAGUAGCAGUUUGUUGGAUACAAUACAAUAAAUCAUGUUAUUUCAAAUAAUUUAAAGGGGUACUCUAGUGAUUUCAUAUUGCCAUUUCAUAAAGUCAGGGGACAAAUCAAAAGAAGAAUUUGUGCAGCAGAAGGUGAAAUAUCCCGACUUCUGGUCCCUUGUAUGGGACAGUCUUCAAAAAUGCUCGAUCCUACAAUUCCCAUAAUGCAACCUAAUAGCAUCUUUCAUUAGACCUUAAAUACCCCAGUUUAUAAAGCAGGUUUUCUGUUCAAUAUUUGUAAUCAAUCCCAAUCCAAGAUGACCCCGAAGACAUUAUACAGCUGUUUUUACAGGCCUAGUAGGACUAACCCUGACCUGUAUACAUAAAAUGUGUCCCUAUACGUGUAGUAUCCCUUUAAAAUCGUUCUUUUCUGCAUCCCAAGUAACCGGUCC